AUGAUGAUGCACAGAUAUCAAAACUUACAACGGGUAUUAUCGAACGGUAAACAGAAAAAGACUCGUGAAAUGAAUUUAUCGAAAGUUCCAAGCCCUAUACACAAAAUGAAUAAUAAUCUACAAUUGAACCAAACUCGACAACAAGCAUCAGUACAAAAACAACAUCGAAUUCUUUUUGAACAAUUAAAACAUGCUGUUUCAAGCAAUCUUCCAUGCUUUUUCAUUGAAUACGAACAAGCUGAAAACUCGAAGAAUAGACCAUCGGAUAUAUCAGCAGCACGGGUAAUUGAAGAUUAUUUCAAUCAACCAGGAAUCUCGAUAUCGUUCUCACUAGUCGGUCAUGCAGGUAAUAAAUUAAAAUUAGGAGUUAACAACAAAGAGUCGUAUGCAACAUUGAUCAAUACGGAUAAAUGGCCGUCACAAGUUAAUAACAUCAAGAUCACCGUGAGUAAGUCAAAAUUUACCCAGGAUUCCUUUGCGCUUGUGGCUCGAUAUGUAUCUUUUCAGUACGAUGAUGAGUUUGUCAAGGAAGAAAUUAAACAAAAUCUGCAAUCAGUCGAAAAUAUCAGACAAAUUCAGUAUCGUUUCCAACGAAGAACAAGGGAUUUUUGUUUCGUCAUUAAAGACUUGGAUGAAUGUAAUUCAACUUUAAAAUUAGGUCGGAUAUCGAUUGGAAAUACAUUUUGGACCAUUACACCAUUCCUGACUGGUAAUAUAAUGACUUAUUGUACUCGUUGCUGGUGUUUAGGUCAUAUGAGAGAUAAAUGUAACGGAGAAUAUUCACGUUAUCGAAUAUGUCUUGAUAAUCUUAUAAACGGUCAAACACAUGUAUGUUCGAAUACGAUCCGGUGUGCUCAAUGUGAUGGUGAUCAUCAUUCGUUAUCUGGUGAAUGUGGGAAAAGCAAACUACAACGUUUAGCGCCUCAAGAUCGUGUUCAUCCGACACAAUUUCGGCUGAAGCAAAAUGAAUUCCCGUCACUGCCAUCACUAAUGUCUUGCACUACUCCAUGGAAACAAACUUCAGUAUCAUCAGCAGUAACAAAUAAUAUAAAUGGAAUCGAAGAUACAACGAAAUUAUUGCUCUCGAUAAAUCAAAACAUUCUGGAUAUGAAAGAUAAUACUCGGUGUAUUGAUGAAAAAUUAGAUUGCAUUAACGAGAAGGUAAAUCGUACAUCUCUAGAUGUUGCGCUGCAUGAUGAAAUACUAAUGAAAUUACUACCUACACUCGCAUCAUUAGUCGAUAAAUUUAUCUGGCCGAUGAUGUUAAACGAUGUUGCAGGAUUGAGAAAUAAACAGGAUCAAUUACAAAAAAUUUAUAGCAGUUUUAACUCUCAAUUAAAUUAUUUGAAAACGGAUUACACGGCUCGACGAAAACAUAGUUCAUCUCCACUGCCACAACUCUCUCCAUCGCAACCAACGUCGAGUGCAUCUAACAUCACGCCGAAUAAUGAAACUGAUCAAAAUAUGAGCCGAUAG